AGUCAUGCAGGAAAACCUCAGAUUUGCUUCAUCAGGAGAUGAUAUUAAAAUAUGGGAUGCUUCAUCUAUGACAUUGGUGGAUAAAUUCAACCCCCACACGUCACCACAUGGAAUCAGUUCAUUAUGUUGGAGCAGCAAUAAUAACUUCCUAGUGACAGCAUCUUCCAGUGGUGACAAAAUAGUGGUGUCAAGUUGCAAAUGCAAACCCGUUCCGCUUUUGGAGCUUGCUGAAGGGCAAAAGCAGACAUGUGUCGAUUUAAAUUCUACAUCAAUGUAUCUGGCAAGUGGAGGCCUAAAUAACACUGUUAAUAUUUGGGAUUUAAAAUCAAAACGAGUUCAUCGGUCUCUUAAGGAUCAUAGAGGUGAAGUAACUUGUGUGGCAUACAAUUGGAAUGAUUGCUACAUUGCUUCUGGGUCUCUCAGUGGUGAGAUUAUUUUGCACAGCGUAACCACUAAUACAUCCAGUGCACCAUUUGGCCAUGGGAGUAAUCAGCCUGUCCGGCAUGUGAAAUACUCCUUGUUUAGGAAGUCUCUCCUCGGCAGCGUUUCGGAUAAUGGAGCAGUGACCCUCUGGGAUGUGAACAGUCAGAGUUCAUACCACAGCUUUGACAGUACCCACAAGGCUCCAGCUUCUGGCAUCUGUUUCUCUCCUGUCAAUGAAUUGCUGUUUGUAACCAUAGGCCUGGAUAAGAGAAUCAUCCUCUAUGACACUUCAAGUAAGAAGCUAGUGAAAACUUUGGUGGCUGACACUCCUCUGACAGCAAUAGAUUUUAUGCCUGAUGGAGCCACUUUGGCUAUUGGAUCUUCCCAUGGGAAAAUAUAUCAAUAUGACUUAAGGAUGCUGAAGUCUCCCGUGAAAACAAUCAGUGCCCACAAGACAUCUGUGCAGUGUAUAGCAUUUCAGUAUUCCACGUCUCUGACGAAGCCAAGUUUAAAUAAAGGCUGCUCAAAUAAGGCCACAUCGGUGAACAAAUGGAGUGUUGCUGUGAGUGGUAGUGCUGGAGCUGCUCAGAAUUCCGGAACCAUCAGAGAAGCACCUGCCCCUUCCGUUGCCACAGUCCUCCCACAGCCCGUGACAACAGCUGUGGGCAGAGGAGCCGUUGCUGCGCAGGACAAAGCAGGCUUGCAUCGAAGCAUAAAUACAGAUAUUUUAUCUAAGGAAACAGAUGGUGGAAAAAGUCAAGAUUUCUCCAACUUUGAUGAUACUGGGAAAAGUAGCUUAGGUGACAUGUUCUCACCAGUCAGAGAUGAUGGUGUAGUUAACAAAGGAGUUGAUGAAUCUGCAGGCAAAGGAGAUGGUCUUGACUUUCUAGCACAACUGAACUCAGUGUUCACCUCAAGAAAAAAUCCAAUCACUUCCGGCACUCUGGUGUUGCACUCCAGUCCUCUUAAUGUCUUUAUGGAUUCUCCAGGGAAAGAGGAAAAUGAAAGUCAUGAUCUGACCACUGAGACGAAGAAAACAUUCCUGGGGAAGCAGGAGCCGAAGGACUCCUUGAAGCAGUUUACAAAGUUGAUCUCCUCUGGUGCUGAGCCUGGAAUUCUGAAUCCCUCUCCAUCAUCUAACCAAAUAAGAAAUCUAGAAAACUUUGAAAAGCCAGAAAAAGAAACCGAAGCCCAGUUGAUUCAUGACCCCUCAGUCUAUGGAUCCUCAACUCCAAUUCCAAAGGUAACGUCCUCUGUCACUGCUGGAGUAGCCAGUUCGCUCUCAGAAAAAAUAGUCGAUACCCUUGGGAACAGUCGGCCAAAUGCACCCUUGACCUCUGUUCAAAUCCGGUUCAUUCAGAACAUGAUACAAGAAACUUUGGAUGACUUCAGGGAAACUUGCCAUAGGGACAUUGUGAAUUUGCAAGUGGAGAUGAUUAAACAGUUUCAUAUGCAACUGAAUGAAAUACACUCUUUGCUGGAAAGGUACUCGGUCAAUGAAGGCUUGGUGGCUGAAAUCGAAAGGCUUCGAGAGGAGAACAAAAGACUGCGGACCCACUUCUGAAGACUCACAAUACCUUACUUUUUUAUGAUUUGGGAAGUUUCCGGCAACUAAGAAUGGCACAGAAUCAAUAUUAUUUUCAUGACCUUGACAGUGGAUUUUGCAGCAGGCACUAUUCCAUCUCAGUCAGACAUAUUUAUAUUUUUAUAUUAAAACUGCACAGAAUACCAUCUUCCUACUAGGGAACAGGAUCUUUAUGUUCUGAACGCCUUAGCCAUACACUAAGUGCCCUUUUCCUAAGAGAAGAAAUGUGCAUAUAAGGGUAUUUUUUUUGUUUUGUAAAUGACUUUUUAAAACAUAUAUUUUUGAUGGACAAAUUGUAUUCUAAUUUUUUUUUUAGGUAGUCAACAUUUAAAACAUUUGUGUACCUUCUAUUUUAUGAAGAAAUAAUUUUAAAGUGGCAAUUGGAUUUUUUUCACACUACUGAGAAGUAAUUAUUUUGUUAGCAUGAUGACAUCAGGUAUUACUUAUUUAUUGGUUGUAUGUGUGAUAUGUUUUGAGUGGUACAGAUACAUAGUACCUUUGGCAUUUCUGUUUCUGAGGGCUUUCUAUUCUGGUUACCAAACUUUACAUUUGAAAAACUUAUGAAGGUUUAGAAAUUCAAGGGCUAUACAUCUGCUGAUUGUCUAAUGAAUUAAUGGUAUGCAAAAUCAUACUAUAAGGUUUUAAUCACCAUGGCUCAACUUAUAAUCAAUGAGAAUUUAUUAUAAGAUACUAAAUAUCACAAAAUUGACAUUUUUCCUUUUAAGUGAAAAGCAUAGAUUAUUUUUCCUGUGUUUUAUACCAAUAACUUUCUUAAUUAUAGUAUGCUACAAAUAGUAUUUUUGUAUUGCUUGUCUUACCAUAGCAUUAUUUAUAUAGGUUCAUUAUGAAAAGAAUUUACAUGUUGGAGCAGGUGGGUCAUGCUCAUCUGCCUGAUGCCAUCUACAGUUUCGUAGGAUUGGAUUAGGAGAGCUACUCAUCCAUUUACAUUCUUACUGCCUCUUGCCCAAAGAUUUCAACUAUGUACUUUGUAUAGAGAUCUGUUGUUCAGUUUUGUUUUCUGGGAUCAAACUAUUUACUAAAAUGUCGCUUGGUUUGCUACCUUUAGACUUUUUAAAGUAAUAGAAGGUAUAAGGAUACAUUUAAUCAGUAUAAACCAAUGAAUAAUUAUUUCCAAAACAGGACAAGAAUUUGACUUUUCCCAGUUGAUGCUGUGGUCUUUUCUUGGCGGCUAUGUCAGCAUUAUGACUUGUAACAAGUUUCCUUAUAUGUAACUCAAGCAAAUUAGAAUGCAGAAGUACUUUGUCUAUAUGCUAUAUUUUGAUCUAUUAAUAUUUUCCUAUUCCCCCUUUUAUAGGUGUAUAUAUAUUGUUAUUAAAAGGGAUCUGAUAAAACGAUUUAGUAAUUGUGUGUGUAUAUAGAUAAAGCACUUGCCAUGGAUUUAAAUGCUGAGUACAGUAAAUACAUUUUUUGUAUUCAAAACAUAGACAA